CCCACGCGGCUACAGUGGCGGGGAAAGCGAUCGCCUAUGUCCGGUAGCGCAGUUAUACUAUUGCCAGUGGCCACCCAAGCUCGCAGCUGCCUUGGCUCGUCCUUUGUUCUCUUGUGCUGCGAGCUCUGUCUUCUCCCUUGGACCGGCCCGUCCCGCCCGCUAACCCUUUGUUGCCUUGCGCGCGUCCGUGGCCGCGUCCCUCGUGCUGCUUGCAGGGCGGAGCGUGGCGUCACGGCUGGAUACCACCACCACAUCGGAGAUGGCGCCGCGCAGCUCCCACCCGAGCUCCUCCACCACCCCCGCAGCCCCAACCCCAGCUCCAAGUCCUCCAGCAACGUCACCGUCGCCAACUUCCCGUCGCUCGCCAGUCCGCAUGGAGUAGUGGGGUCGUUGGGCAUGGCGGCGCCGGGAAUGGCAUUUGCGGCGGCGGAGGCCGGCCGGUUCUGCAUGCCGAGGGCGGCCGCGCAGCAGCUCGAGAACUGGGGCGACUCCCUCUCCGGCAUCGUCGUCACCAGCCCGCUCACCGAGACCUCCACGGACCUCGACGACAGCGGCGACAAGCACCACGCCCUCAUGGGCGGUGGUGGCGGCGGCGCCGGCGCCGGCGGAGGGGCGCAUUCCCAGCGACGGGUGGGGUGUGCCGAUUCCUCUGAAAGAACAGGAGAUGAGAAGACCGCACGGAGGCUUGCGCAGAACCGCGAGGCGGCCCGGAAAAGCCGCAUCAGGAAGAAGGCUUACCUUGCGCAGCUGGAAAACAGCCGAUCCAAGCUGACGCACCUUGAGCAAGAGCUUCAGAGGGCAAGGCAGCAGGGAAUCUUCAUCGCCGGUGGUGGCUCCGGUGACUGCUCAAGCGGAGGCGCCCUGGCGUUCGAUUUGGAGUAUGCGCGGUGGCUCGACGACCACCAGCGCCACAUCAACAACCUCAGGGUGGCCGUGAUCGCGGACAUGGGCGACGACGAGCUGCGCAUCCUCGUCGAGUCCGUGCUGCUGCACUACGACGAGUUCUUCAGGCUCAAGAACCUGGCGACCAAGUCCGACGUGUUCCACGUCCUGUCGGGCAUGUGGAUGAGCCCCGCCGAGCGGUUCUUCAUGUGGCUCGGCGGGUUCCGCUCGUCGGAGAUCCUCAAGGUACUCGCCAGCCACCUUGAGCCGCUGACGGACCAGCAGCUGAUGGGCAUCUGCAACCUGCAGCAGUCGUCGCAGCAGGCGGAGGACGCGCUGUCGCAGGGGAUGGAGGCCCUGCAGCAGGCGCUGUCCGAGACGCUCGCGGCGGCGGCGGGGGCCGGGCCGCUGGCCGGCGCCGGCAACGUGACCAACUACAUGGGGCAGAUGGCCAUCGCCAUGGGGAAGCUGAGCACGCUGGAGAACUUCCUCCGGCAGGGCGACCUCCUGAGGCAGCAGACCCUGCAGCAGAUGCACCGGAUCCUGACGACCCGGCAGGCCGCCCGCGCGCUUCUCGUCAUCAGCGACUACUUCUCCCGGCUCCGGGCGCUGAGCUCCCUGUGGCUCGCGCGGCCGAGGGACUAGCGUCGGCGACGACGUUCGAUCGGCUGGCUGUUGGUGUUGGGCCGCCAUGAGAGGGAGACGCCCGCUCGCUGAGCUGCGAAUUGGAUUCUUCCGAGAUUUUGAGUACGUACAACUAGCUAGUAUAUGUAACACGCGACGUUGUGGAUGGCUGCUGCCGAGUAGUAGCGGACAACUAGCAGUGUAGCGGAAUGUUUAUCUAACUUAAUCCAUCCGGCCGGAGUCUUGAUUGGAAAGACGUCGGUGUAGAAAGAA